UGUUGUCAGAACCAGAUUAGCAGAACUCAGAAAUUAGAAAUCAAAAUGUCUUCGGACUAGAUUACUAGAACAACUUGUUAGAUUAAUUUAAUUACAAAUUUAAAAACAUUAGAGGAAAAAAAAUCAUUAACUCUACGUCAUAGUUUUUAGUACACUCUGAGACUGUAACCGUGCAGUAUUUCUAGUAUUAUUAUUUAUUAUCUUAUAUUGUUAUUGUUGCUCCUACGAAGCUACUAAGUUAUAUAUCUACCUGUUACAGGAAAGUACAUCAUAUUAUUAAAAUAAUAUAUUCCCUGAUAUCGCGAUCGAAAAUGAUUUUCGUCAAAUGUCUGUGAACCCUAGCCCGUCGGAUCGUAACCCCUGAUACCUUUAUUAUUUUUUUAUUGAAAUGGAAACCGUCAAUUGGAACUCUCUUCCCAGCCUUGCUCUACAUCAAAUAUUCACUCAUUUGUCACCCGAAUCCAGGGUGGCCGCUUCGUCCACUUGCAAACACUGGAGGACUGCUCUUUACCAUCCACAGUUUUGGCACACUCUGGUGCUAGACAUACCUGCUCCUGGAACUUCAUACGCUGAAGUCAAGUCCAAAGUGAAGCAUGCCAAUAAGAACUUAGUGACAUUAGUACGUGACAUCCACCUUGCAUUUGAUUCCCGGAGCACCCAGUGCUUUGAAUUGGCUUCUUCUGUUAUCAAGGCAUUGAUGGGCAAUCAACUGUUGAGAAACGUUGACAUUGAACUCAACCACUGUGAGUUAUCAAAGGACGAAAUAUUUCAGUACAGGUGGUCAAUUCAAAACUAUUUUGAGUUUGCUAUUCUCAAUGUUGUGCAAAAAGGAAACAUUGAAGGGUUUAGUUUUGGAUAUUUUAUGUUUUACUAUUGGAAUGCUUUGAUUCAUAUGCUAUCCAAAUAUAGCUGUGAUAGCUUACAGCGUUUGGAACUAGCUGGAUUGGGACCAUCAAUUUUUAAUGAAGAGAGUAAAACUACAUGUUUUAAUUCAACUUUUGAUAGUAUGUCGUCGCUAAUCAAUUUAAAGAAAUUAAGUUUAGAUCUAAAUUCCAAUACGUGCAAAUUGCUUCCAGCAUUGUGUUCAAUGUCUCAAUUGGAAAUCCUUGUUUUACAUGUUCAUAAUGAGUUGGAUAUAGAUAUAAGUGAUGAUAUUUGGGCAGAUAUUAAAAAAUACUGCCCUAAACUUGAACUAAGAUUAACAAUUAUCAACUGUCAUAUUGUUGCUAAGCACUUACAUACUAAGUUACUUCGUCCAUCAAUGCCUUUGACACAUCUCAAAGUUCUUUUUUGUAAUAUGAUGAAUAUUGAAGUAUUACAUAAAUUACUGGACUAUAGAAAUACAUUUCAAUCAUUAAUCUGGGUUGAUGAACAAUCAAUGAAUCCUGCUGGCUUACUUAAAGGACAUUGGCAUCUUGAACCAUCUGCUGAUGAUAUUGAAACUAAUCCACUGAUAAUAUUAUCAUGGGUCUGCAGCAAACUUACAGAACUUGUUGUAUUGGGAUACUUGAUUGAACCAGUGGACGUAUGUGGAAUCGCAAGACUGAGGGGUUCUAAUUUAAAGAGGUAUGAAUUAUUAGAAGAAGAUAUUUGCUUUCAUCAACCACAAAGUGAAAUGAUAUAUGAUGAAGUUAUUUUAGAUGUAUCAAAUUGGAUGGAUACAAAUUGGAAACCUUUGAAUAAAAUUAAUUUCAACAUCAAACAUUUUGAGCCAAAACAAAUUUUUGGCCAGAGAUGUGUAAAAGAAGACAAACAAUCAAAUUGUUGGAUGCUUAUGGUUUCAACUAUAUAG